AUGGCAGUUGACACUCAGGACCCCCAAUCAGUCUCCCUGCCCAUUGUUAGCAAUGAGCAAGUGGCGGAACUCAUCACUCAAGAAGUGAUGCACAACAAACUCAAGAAUGGCGCCGUCACCACAAUCGAAGAGACCAGCUUGGUAGAUGACUACAGCAUCCGGGAAACCCCCAUGGGCACGAAGCGGAAGGUCAAGGUCAUCUUCAUGGGCGCCGGCUGCAGUGGCAUCAACUUCGCCUCGCAGUUUCGUAAACGGAUGCAAAACGUUGAUCUGACCAUAUACGACAAGAACCACGACUUCGGUGGCACGUGGCUGGAGAAUCGCUAUCCUGGCUGUGCGUGUGAUAUCCCCAGUGUAUCCUACCAGUACACCUGGGCUCGCAAGCCAGACUGGUCACGCUACUACUCGGGCUCCCAGGAGAUCUGCCAGUACUUCAAGGCGGUCGCUCUGGAGAACAACGUCCAGGAUUACGUCAAGUUCAACCACAGGAUCGUCCGUGCUGAAUGGCUCGAUGACCGCUCCAAGUGGGCCGUCACGGUUCAACGCAACAACGACCCGUCAGAUACAUUUGUCGACUACUCGGACUUUUUCAUCAAUGGUGGUGGUUUCCUCAACAGCUGGAAGUGGCCUCAAAUCAAAGGGUUGGAGUCCUUCCAGGGUCCCAAAGUUCAUACAGCCAACUGGGAUGAGUCUCUGGACCUUACAGGCAAGAGUGUUCUGGUUGUGGGCAUCGGCAGCUCUGGCGUGCAAGUUGUGCCCAGCAUCUUGCCUCUCGUCAAGAGUCUGUAUGUCGUGGCCCGCUCAUCCACCUGGAUUACCGCUGGCUUUGCGCCAAAGUACGCGGGUGAAAAUGGCGAGAACUUCCACUACUCUGAAGAAACCAAGCAGCGGUUCAGAGACGACCCCGAGUUUUACCGAAUGUAUUGCAAGGCCGUUGAGUCGGAACUCAAUCAACGCUUCAAGAUCGUGGUAAACGAGUCGAAAGACGCACUCGAUGCAUUAGAAUACUCAUCCAAAGAGAUGCAGCGGAAGCUAGCGACCCGGCCUGACCUGCUAGAGCACUUGAUGCCCAAGAACUUCGGCAUUGGCUGCCGGCGGCCAACACCCGGCAACGGUUUCUUGGAGUCUCUGUGCGACCCAAAGACGACGACGCUCACCAAGGAAGUCCAGGAGAUCACACCCACUGGCUUCAUCGCUGCGGACGGCAGCAACCACGACGUCGACAUCAUCAUCUGUGCCACCGGCUUCGACACAUCCUUCAGGCCACCGUUCCCCGUGCUAUGCAACGGACGCAACAUCCAGGACGACUUCACUCCAACAGGCGGCCGCGCCAGCAACCCCAACGCCGGCCUGGGAUACUUAGGCAUAUCAGCGCCCGAAGUUCCCAACUACCUGGUCUUCUGCGGUCUGUACGGCCCCAUCGGCCACGGUAGCGUCUGCCCCAUGGUGGAAGCCUACACAAACUACGCAUUCCAAAUCAUCGCGAAAAUGCAGACCGAGGACAUCAGCAAGAUACAGGUACGACGCAAGGCUGCCGAGCAGUUCAGCAAGCACGCGGACCUGUUCGUCAAGCGCACCGCGUGGUCGGGGCCCUGCAGCAGUUGGUUCAAGGCCGGUGAUGCGGCGCGCAAAGCCACCAUCUGGCCUGGCAGCCGCAUUCACUACCUCACCAUGCUGCAAAAAGUGCGGUUCGAGGACUUUGACAUUGAAUACCACAGUGGCAACGCGUUCAAUUUCCUGGGUGAUGGCUUUGAUGUGCGCGAGAAUGACGGCCGGGAUUUGACCUGGUAUUGUGGCCUGGUGGAUGGCGUUGACAAGCAGCCGGAGAACCUGCCUGACGCGGUGUUCUAG